GGCGAUAUUUGAGUUUACUCUUAACGCUCUUGGGGUCCAAUGGUAGCGGCUAUCUGGUUGAUCUCACCAAUCGAAUUCCACGACGAGGAGCCGUUUCAGGUUGUUCACAGCCUUACGGAGAUAUUUAACGCGGUACGCAAAGUGCCAUGUGCACUUCCACAGCAUGCAUUUUCAUGUUAUUGUUGAUACUGACGGUGGACAAACGUAGCGUGAGCCUCUUUACACUUGUCCAGCACCUGGGAUUCUAGUGUCAAGUCAUCGAGGACGAGCAGUUGACCUCAAUACCCAUAGUUGACUCUCAGUUUGGUCCUGUGUGCGAUUGCCGUAGUUGAUCCAUUGUCACCGGAGAACCAGUCACCUGCAGCUUGUUUCUAACAUUCAUCUUGUCAAGCUCCUUCAGCUCCAGCUUCACCAUGAAUGCAUGGAAUCAGCCACAGGCUGCACCGCAGCUAGAGCAGGAGUACAGUCUGGAUCCCAAUGUGUACGAUAUCCAAGCCAAUCCUAACCAGCGUUACGGUCAACGACCAGGAAUGCCUGCGUCGUCUCAUGUACCCAACUUCACACCUUUUCCUCAGACUUUCGGUCCAGGAGCGCAAUCCACGUUCAACUUUCCCACAGGACAGAAUCAGACUGCGAACCAGCAAUUCGACAACAAUGCAUACUAUCAGUCGUCCUUGAGCGACCUGCGGGGGCAGCAUGCGUUCCCUACCCAAGGAAGUCACUUUGGUGGCUCACCGUCGUCCAUACAAUCUUCUUCGAUCUUGCCCGGGCAUGGGCUGUAUCAGAAUACUUCACCUCCAGGAGGUUAUGGUCAAGGCCACUCAGACGCUCCGAUCUUUGACGGUAGCCCUGGUAGUGCUGCUUCUGGUGUUCCUACUUCGAACGUAUAUGUUCCUUCCAACGCGCCGCUGUCACAACAUUAUUCAUUGAACCAAGUGGAUACAAAGAUGGCUCCACCCAUCGCCCAGGGCUCGUCUUACUUCCCCAGUGACCGAGGAGAGACAUCAGCAAAGAGACCGCGGGCUGAUGAGCAUGGUCAGCAUGAAUCGGAGGGUACAGAUUCCAGAUCAGAGCCUGUUCGCAAAACUCCUGGUGCCUGUGCUCGAUGCAAAGGUCUCAAGGUGAGAUGCGAGUUCAAGACCGAUCCUGACACUUGCAAGAGGUGCUUGAAUGCGGGUGCCGAGUGCGUUAUUCCGGGACGAAAGAAGAGACGUGCCCCUCCGAAACGGGAACUGUUGCUCAAGCAAAUACAAUCACAGGCAGACCAGAUCAAGACCCUCAUGACCCAACUAGACGAGGCCAACAGAAAAGUUGAUGUCACCUCUCAUAUAUCGAAUGCACCCUCUCCAGCUACCGCCAGCACUGACUUGCACUCCUCUCUCCCCUCCGACUUCACCAGUCCCGAUUCCGAGUAUGGUCUCCUUUCACCUUCACUUGAUCAGGUGGCAAAACCAGACGUUCUUGACUGGAUCCAGAAAGCCCGAGAAUCACUUGAAGAGUUCGGCGGGUAUAUCAAUGCUACCACCGGUCUUUUCAGCAACGACGGCAGUGUCGUGGGCGAUAACUAUGAUAUUGAUGACGACAUAGCCAUUGAUAUUGAAGAUGUGGAUGCUGAUGAUAAUGGGACGCUCAUGGACGAAGGUGAAAUUGACUAUGAUAUCUCAGGCGAUGAAGGAUCCAAUAUGGGCGGGAACAGAAGACAUAUGCGAAACGUCUCUGGCGACGCUUCGAAGCGUGGAGUGGCAACGCUCCCCACUACAGCUGCUCCAUUUGGUUUGAUGGCCAGGCUCGCUUUGGAAAUGCCGAGAAAGAGAAGGCCAAGCAACGGCGCGAGUGACGUUGCGGAGGAAGAGCCCGAUGAUGAUGAUACACUUCCAAACAACAACUAUUUUGUGCCAGCUGCCGCUCCCGAUCGACCACUUAUUGACGACCGACACGAACCUCCUCAUAUUCUACGCAAGGGUAUUGUCACUCCUGCGGAGGUAGAGAGUCUUUUCAAAAUUUACUGGGAUCAUAUGAAUAUAUCCCUUAACAUCUUGGACCCGGAUCUCUACACUCCACAGAAGACUUACUGGCGUAGCCCCUUCCUCUUCACCGUUAUCUGCGCUGUGGCGUCUCGUUUCUACACCCCACGACCAGAGCUGUAUCAGCAAGCUAUGCACUUCGCUCGUUUGGCUGCUGGUACUGCACUCAUCGGAGGUCGAAAGAGCGUUGAAGUAGUUCAGGCGUAUCUGAUCCUUGCUAUGAACCCUGUGCCAUGUCGUCGUUGGGAGGAUGAUCGGAGCUGGGUGUUUCUUGGUUUGGCUAUCAGAAUUGCAACAGCUAUCAAUCUUCACCUCCCAUUCACGACUAAGCCACGCAAUGAACAACAUGCAAGAGAGAUGCUGAACCGAACUCGAACUUGGCUUGCUUGUUUCAACCUCGACCGAUCCUUUGGCUCACAGUACGGCAAGCCACCUAUCAUCAACAACACGGACUACACGGCAAACCAUUGUGCGGAAUGGUGGCACAGCUCACCAUACAACCUCCCCAACUUUGACAUUCAUAUUGCUUGCUACAGUAAUGAGCUCAGGGUCAUGGCUGACUUCGGUCUCAAGAUCCGUAGCGACAGGAACAAUCCGACUGGGUUCAACAAGUCCCUGGACAUUCCCAAACUCGCUGCCGAAACUGACGACGAGUUAAUACGUUUGUGGGAGACUUGGUCAGCUCUUCUCGAGAAGCACACGGAUCUCAACGAACAGAGAUGCAACUUCCGAAGAGGGCUACUUCGUCUUGCCUUUACGUACGCUCGUUUGACUGCUCUUUCGCUUGGUUUCCAGUUUGGAAGGAAACCAGACGGCGAUGACGUGAUGCUUUGGCGGUGCUUGCGUGUUGCUAAAGAGGUGGCCAAGACCUACGUCGAUGACAUCGGUAUCCCGGAGCAGAGGAUAUACUUGCGCCACGGACCCGAUUCGCAAAGCGUCUUCGUUACUUUUGCAUGCACGUUUUUGAUCAAGUUAUUACAACCAAAAUACGCGGGUUAUCUUCCCAUCCAUGAGCGAGGAGAAAUUCGCGAAUUGGUCCGCCGGGUUGCAGACUUGCUCGGUUCUUCCGAUGUUACUGUGGAUGAUCGUCACUACCCCAAGCUCUAUUCUCGUUUCCUGAAGGGUCUUUUGGAGACGCCUAUGGCCAAGGACGAUCCUCCGAUCUCAGUGAACAGGCAAAACGCCAAGGCAUUGUCAGAGUCUCCCGCAACCAGGUAUGGCGAGCUAUACAAGUCCUCUUCCUCUACCUCUACAAGAGGAUCAGUCUCAAAUCCAUCCAGCGCCCGACCUUCAGCAUCACCACCUCCCCAAGAACCAGCCGUGGAUCAUUUUUCUCAGCAGCUGGCGGCCGGCUUGGAUCCUUACUCUUCUGCUUUGUUCCAAGGUGGUUCUGGUCUCAAUGUUCCGGAAUACUUCAACCCACCGCUACCGUUCGAACCGGAAAUGAUACAAUCUAUGCAGUCCUUGACGGACCCUGCACUUUAUCACGAUGUCAUGUCAGGUUUCUCUUGGAUGGGUGAGAUGCACCAAAACGAUAGUGACAUGAAUCUACACUACGAUCCCCGUACCUACGGGGCUGCGUAAUCCUGCUUCCAAUUGUUCUAUUUCUUUUUAUCUUGUCCGAUAUGCUUUGCUCGACAGUGCUCUUUCCGGGUUUCCUGUAGUUGUAUUGUCGCCUUCUCUUUCUAAACCGGAUCUGUAUCUCUACUAGAUUACCAUACAUGCACCACAAUCUUGUAAUAUUAUCAUUGGAACUCCUUGCAGAUACCGUUGUCUAUGAAAAUUCGUCUCCACUCGAGGCCUUUAAGAUAUCGUCAA